AUGUCACUCUCCGGCUCACAAAGCUUUUAAAGUGGCUAACGGGUCGCUAACGCUAGCCGUGCAGUUCUCUCCAUUUUCUGUUCCGAAGAAGAAGCUUCGUUUCCCAUUAGGGUUAGGGUUUCAGUGUUUUCUCUUCCGUGUACCUGCCACGCUUUCCUUUGUCGUUUUUCUUUAGCUCCGAGAGCUAUGGAGUCUGCUCUAGUGAUCAAGGUGAAAUAUGGGGAUACCCUCCGGCGCUUCACUGCCUCUGUGGACGAGAUUAAUCGACUGGAUCUCGACAUGGUUGGGUUGAGACAGAAGAUAUGUUCUAUCUUCGGUUUCAGUGCUGAUGCAAAUUUAGUUCUGAGAUAUGUUGAUGAAGAUGGCGACUUGGUGACUUUGGUUGAUGAUGAUGAUUUGCGUGAUGUGAUGAGGCAGCAAUUGAAAUUCUUGAGAAUUGAGGUACUUAUGAACAAUGAUGGCGGUGCUAAAUCGACUGCUUGGUCUACUGGAAGUGCCACCCCCUUAAAAUCUCCUUCUGUCACAAACCCACCUCUGGGUAGAAAUACUAUAUUACACGAGGCUCUAUCUAAAUUGUCGCUUUCAAAAGCAGCAUCUUCUACUCCCGUGGUUGAUAAUAUUGCCAAUUCAAUUUUGAAAAUAGGACAAUCUGUUCUAAAUUCUCAUUUCCAGCCUCGUGAUACAGCUGGUACAAGUUCAAAAACGGGUCCUGGAGAACAUGCCACUUCUAAGGCAAAAGGUUCUCAAUCUUCAUAUGUGGACUCAGCCUCCAAUUCUACUGUCCAGGGUGAGAGUGCCACUCCCUUAAGAUUUCCUGUUCCAAACCCAUCUCUGAGCCCAAAUGCAGAUAAAGUUGCCAUUUCAUCUCCUGUGCCUGAUCCAGUACGUGAGCUUAUUUCCAAUUUGUUGUAUCCAAAUGCUGCAUCUUCUAGUCAGCUGCCUGUUAAUCUUGCUGAUUUAAUUUCCCUACUGGGACAUUCUGUUUUAAAUUCUUAUUGCGAGUCUCAUGUUGCAACUGGUCCAUUCUCUAAAAAUGGUGUUCCUGAAGAACCUAUCUCUGGUGAAGCAAGAGAUCCACAGAUGCCAUCUGUGGACUUGGCUUCCAAUGCCACUCAACAUGUGGAGGCUGAAAACCUAGUUAGAGAUGCAGCCUCUGCUUCUAAUGCCACUCAACAGGUGGAGACUGAAAACAUAAUUAGAGAUGUAGCCGGUCAACAUUUGGAAGCUGGGAAUGUAAUCAGUGCAACUACAGCUGCGGAAGUUUCCACAGUUGAUCUCAAUAUCCCUCCUUGUGAUCCCUAUUCAUCUCAGUCCACAAAUGUGAAUAAGGCUCCACUUUCAUCAGAAGUCCCUGAUGGUGAUUGCAGGAAGGGUAAAAUGUCAACUGUCUAUAGUUCUGCUGGUAAGGUUGACAGCAGUGGUACAUCCUCAAGUCCUGCUGGUCCUAAUGACAGUUCAACCCAGACUACUUCAUUGAAUGCUGGUGGUUUCUUUGAAUGUCCAUUUUCUGGGACAUAUAUUAAUUCUUGGACACCACAUUUUGGAAACUCUCAAAUGCCCCCCUUUAAAAGGAGCCAUCGUCACACUGAGGCAAUGACUGGUAUGUUCCACAAAGGUGUGCGUUGUGAUGGUUGUGGUGUCUAUCCGAUAACUGGACCUCGGUUCAAAUCCAAAGUGAAGGAAAAUUAUGAUCUCUGCCACAUUUGUUACAACGAAAUGGGUAAUGGUACAGAUUAUAUCAGAAUGGACCGUCCGGCUCGUUUCCCUCGAUGUGUAUAUGAGCAAUCCAAAAACUUUGUAAUCACUUUUGAACACUGCUAUCUUUUAACUUCUCCCUAUGCUGAAUCUUUGCAUUUUUCACAUUUUUUUUUUAUGUUGCAGCCAACAUUACCGCCUCAUACUUUUAAAAAAAGUGCCAUUUUGAAGCAUGCAAGACCAAAGUUAGAUAGUCAGUUCAUUUUGGAUGUCAAUGUGCUAGACGGUACAAUGAUGGCUCCAUCUACUGCAUUUACAAAGAUCUGGCGGAUGCGCAAUAAUGGCACUGUAGCGUGGCCCAAGGGAACUAAACUUGUUUGGAUUGGAGGAGACAAGUUUAGUGACUCUCAUUCAGUUGACUUAGAGGUUCAGAAUGGUGUCCCUAUCGAGAAGGAACUUGACAUUGCAGUUGACUUUGCAGCACCUCGGAUACCUGGUCGAUACACAUCAUACUGGAGGUUGGCAACUUCAUCUGGACAUAAAUUUGGCCAACGUGUUUGGGUCCUUGUACAGGUUGAUGCCUCUCUCAAGGACUCAUUUUAUGAUAACUCUCAGGGAUUGAACUUGAAUAUUCCACUUGAUGUCAGUGGAUCUGAAGGACCUCUGCUUAUAGAUAUCAAUGUUAGGCCUGCCGAGGAUGAUACUUUUCUUCAAACCCGCAUUCCUAAUGCUCUGAUUCAACCUGCUGAACAGGUUGAUAAGGAACCAAUGUUGGAACUGGAAAAGGAAUUCCCUAUAAAUGAAGCUACAUUUGUUGGCCCUUCUGCCUCAGCCCCUGCUGCAACCUCCCUGGCACCUUCCUCAAUCUCUUAUCCUAUUAUUGAUUUAUCUGAAACAACACCAGCUGUUCCCUCUGAUCAGCAAUCCUCCACUGUGGCUGUACCAUCAUCAUCUAUUAUGGGGACCGAUGGAAUUAACUCUCUGGAGGAGAGUCUACUUAAAGAACUUGAGGUGAUGGGUUUUAAGCAGGUUGAUUUGAACAAAGAGGUCUUGAGGAUGAAUGAGUAUGAUCUGGAGCAAUCCAUCGUCGAUCUAUGUAGUGAUGUCUAUAAUGUUUCUGAGUGGGACCCUAUCCUUUUAGAGUUGCAAGAGAUGGGUUUCCGUGACCAAGAGAUGAAUAAGAGGUUGCUUAAGAAAAACAAUGGAAGCAUUAAGCGUGUUGUUAUGGAUUUAAUCCAAGGAGAGUAGCUUUUGUUAAAAUGUGGGUUAAUAGUUAAUGUAAAGUUGGCGACUAGUGCUCCUUGGGUGCUUGACAUCUGUCAGGUAGACAUAAUUAUCUUAUAUCGUAUCUAUUCCCUGUCUUUGUGUUGUGGUGAUAUUGCCAUCACAAUCCAGUGUCGGAUUCAAGUAUGUUUGAACUACUGUGCUUUCGUAUGUAAUUAAUUAUAUUGCCUUCGCCA